UCCUCACAAAACCCCAAACUGAAAUUGGAAUACAGGAACCACCUACUGUCGAAGCCUCCGGCGUUCAUUCUUUCCAUCGCUCAUCUCCUCCGGCGUUGACGCGUUGUGUGUCAGUUUUGAAACUAUAGUUGUGUUAAAACAGAUUUCUGUAGAAUUAAGAGGCAUGUUAACUAUAGAAGAAUUUACCGGAUGGAGCAGAGCAAGCGGCGGUGAAUGCUGUAUACGCAGAGAAAGAGGACGAGGAAGAGCUUUUAUGGUCAUCGGAUUCUGAAAUUGAGGAAGCAUUAGACUGGCUGGACUCAAGGGACGACGAUGAGGUAGCCGAGGGAGCCAUUACACUCAAUUCAAGGCGUCUCAAUGCUCAUGGAGGGGUUGAAACAUAUUUCUAUCUUCUGAUGCCAGGGUAAUCUGAAAAAGUCCCUGCUGGAACAUAUUUCUAUCUUCUACAGGUAUCGAACGGAUUAUGGAAUGUUCCACUUCUGUGUGGCCGACAGUGAACAUGAUUGGAGGGACAGGUUCAUCAGAGAGCUGCUUCGCGGCAGCAGACAGGCAAAAACAGCCUUGGCUAAUCUUAGAGUUCUUGGCCGCGGCUCAUAUUCAUGGAUUUGGAGAGCAACCAUUGGCCAAGAUUGAUAUAUACAAAACCACUCUGGCCGUCCACUCAUUGGCCUCCAUCACAGCCUGCCCGCACCUUCUUGGCUUGAAGGGUGAGGAUACUGAAUGGGUAACUGUGAAUCUCGUGCACCCAGAACCAGCUGCAGAUGAUUGGGUUGGAGUUUUUUCUCCUGCCAAAUUCAACUUGUCAGCAUGCCCUCCUGUGAAUGAUCCAAAAGAAAAAACUCCAUAUAUAUGUUCAUCCCCAAUAAAGUACAAGUAUGCGAACUUUUCCAAUUCAAAUUACACGGCAAUAGGCAAAGCUUCCUUAAAGUUUCAGCUGAUAAAUCAGCGGGCGGAUUUCUCUUUCGCAUUAUUCUCUGGUGGAUUAUCAAAUCCUAAACUGGUGGCAGUUUCAAAUUUCAUAUCAUUUGCAAAUCCCAAAGCACCUCUUUAUCCACGCCUUGCUCAAGGAAAGUCCUGGAAUGAAAUGACUGUAACCUGGACAAGUGGCUAUAACAUAGACGAAGCUGUACCAUUUGUUGCAUGGGGUCUGAAGGGGGAAACUCCAAAGUAUUCACCUGCUGGAACAUUGACAUUUCAUCAGAACAGCAUGUGUGGCUCCCCUGCACGAACUGUUGGCUGGCGUGAUCCUGGUUUCAUACAUACUAGUUUCUUGAAGGAUUUGUGGCCGAACACUGUGUACACUUACAAGAUGGGUCACAUAGUGCCCAAUGGUUCAUAUAUCUGGAGCAAGACGUAUUCGUUCAAAUCAUCCCCAUAUCCAGGUCAAGACUCGUUACAGCGUGUCAUUAUCUUUGGUGACAUGGGAAAGGCAGAGCGUGACGGUUCAAACGAAUACAAUGAUUAUCAGCCAGGUUCACUUAAUACUACUGACCAACUCAUAAGGGAUUUGAGCAACAUCGACAUCGUUUUCCAUAUAGGAGACAUAGUAUAUGCUAAUGGAUACAUCUCACAGUGGGACCAAUUCACUGCACAGGUUGAGCCCAUUGCAUCAAAUGUCCCUUACAUGAUUGCCAGUGGCAAUCAUGAACGUGACUGGCCAAAUACUGGAUCCUUUUAUGAUACUACUGAUUCAGGCGGGGAGUGUGGUGUGCUUGCUGAAACCAUGUUCUAUGUUCCUGCUGAAAACCGAGCUAAGUUUUGGUAUUCAACCGAUUAUGGCAUGUUCCGUUUCUGUAUAGCUGACACUGAGCAUGACUGGAGGGAGGGAUCGGAACAGUAUAAGUUCAUUGAACACUGUCUUGCAUCUGCAGACAGGCAGAAGCAGCCUUGGUUGAUCUUUGCAGCUCAUCGUGUAGUUGGAUAUUCCUCUGCCUCCUCGUAUGGCCAACAGGGCUCAUUUGAAGAGCCUAUGGGAAGGGAAAGCUUGCAUAGGCUAUGGCAGAAGUACAAGGUGGAUCUUGCAUUUUAUGGUCAUGUCCACAACUAUGAAAGAACCUGCCCCGUAUACCAGAAUCAAUGCAUGAAUGAAGAAAAACAUCAUUAUUCUGGCACCGUGAACGGAACAAUUCAUGUUGUUGUGGGUGGAGCGGGGAGCCACCUAUCAGACUACAGUACUGUUGUUCCAAAUUGGAGUGUUUACAGGGAUUAUGACUUUGGAUUUGUGAAGUUGACAGCAUUUAACCAUUCAUCUCUCCUCUUCGAAUACAAGAAAAGCAGUGAUGGAAAGGUAUAUGAUUCCUUCACCAUUUCACGCGACUACAGAGAUGUCUUGGCCUGUGUACACGAUGGCUGUGAAGCAACAACUUUGGCAAGCUGACCCCCUAUCAUGGGGGAAAAAGUCUUGGCCUGUGAUUAGAUUAUAUUUGUUAUGAUGAUACUGCCAAAAGUGUCCUGCUUUGUUCUUGAAAAAUUAUUCUCAAAAUAAUAUAAGUUAUCUGGAAUUCAAUUGAGUUCUUUCAAA